GCUCGCCUGCUAAUGUGCUGACAACCGCACUUCAUAAAAAAAUUAUGUCAUUUAGAUGAAAAGCUAACAAAGAAAGUCAGGUGAAAAUCAUUAUUUUCCGUGUAUGAAAUAUAACAUUGAUGUUAUUUUAAUAGAUACGUGUUUAAUAGCAAGGUGCCACGUUAGCCAAACAGAAAAUGUUGUCAUGGCUGCCAUAUGGGCGACAGUUCCCAUGAUGCAUUGCGUAUGAUGCAUUCACAGACAAGCGUUACCCUUUGUGAUAAAUGAACCCAUUACUGUUAUAUUUAAAAAAAAAAGUAGCACAAAAAAUAAAUUACAAACGUCGCGUCGCAGAUCUUCUGUCUAACUUUAUUCCAGAAGACGAAGCAGCACUUCUGAGCAAUGGAAGGUAUACUUGUCUUGUCUGCCAAUACCGCCCCGUGUUUGACACCGUCGAUAUGCUGACAGUCCAUAGGAAAGGCAAAAGGCAUCUAGAAGGUUUAAAGGCAUUUUAUGGUAAGAAGGCCCAGCUGAAGCAUGAAAUAACAAAAAGGAAACAAGAAAACUUCAUCCAAGCUGAAGACCAGAAGCAGGAAGUAUCCAGUUCAGAAGCGCCUUUACUGGCUCAAACGCGGAAGCUGACCCAUCACGCUUUGCUGAGGACCGGCCCGUACAACAGCUGCCAUCGUAGAACCAGCAAAACUGUAAAAGGGCCAGUGAGCAGCAAAAGUCUACUCGAACAUACAGCGCCACCUUGUGGACCUGAAAAGUCAGAAGCGGUUCACUGCACGUCAGGUCCCGACCAGUCACACUCAUCUAAGACCACAGGAGGGCGUCCCCGGGCUGCGGCUGACCCGGCAUCCGAGGCCAUGUCGGCCCAGAGGAGACGAGAGCUGGAGCAUUAUCUCAAACUGAAAAGCGACGGAUGGCUGCGGGACCCGAGCGGCCGCUGGGUCAAAGACGGCGACGUGGAGUUCGACUCCGACGAGGACGACGAGCCUCCGUCGCUUCCCGCGCUGCCUUCAGGGGACUCCUGUGAAGGGCCAUGAAGUCCCCACGCUGACACUUUGAUCCCCGUUCUCUGUGAAAGGCUCAGACGUGACUCGAGGGGAUGAAACUGGACGCUAAUUGUGUGAUACCACACAUCAUUUUGGCAGAUUUUCAUCCAUAUUCAAGUCUUUCAAAGUUUUAUCACGGUCUGUCGUGGUAACUGUGAUGGACUUCAGGGAGAAAGCGGGUGCUGACCGGCUCUCAAGUUGCCGUCAGAUUUGGGGAACACGUACCACUGCUCAAUAAAUCAUUGACACGAUUAUUUUUCUGUCAACAACAUUUUCAGCAAUCUAUCUCUUCUACCAAAACUGGCAAAACACAUGAAACAGGGCGAGCCAAAAGACGUUUUAGGCUCCUACAUUCACGCAGAAGGCGUGCGUCACUCGGCUGAAUCGAAGCAAAAAAUAAAUCAUCUUAUUUGA